AUGGGAAAUUCAAAACUAUCCAAAGAAGAAAAGGAUGAAAUAAUGAAAAAAACCAAAUAUACCUCUGGUGAUAUUGAACAAUUAACAAAAGAUUUCAAAGUUGCUGCUGCAUCAGACAAAAAAGCUGGUUUUUCACAAGAGGAAUUUAUCAAAUUCUUCAGAAUCCGUUUCAACGAAUGGGAUGAAGCAUCAAUGGUUAGAAUGUUCAAAUUAUUCGAUUCUGAUGGUAAUGGUGUGAUUGAUGUUAAAGAGUUUAUUACAGCUCUUUAUAUGAUGACAAGAGCACCAACUACAGAUAAAUUAGGAUUUUUAUUUGAUUUAUUCGAUAGUGAUAAAAGUGGUUAUCUUGAAGCUGGAGAAAUUGAAAAAUUAGUUAAUAUUGUAGUUGUAUGUAGCAGUGCAAUGGGUUACACAACAAGUGAAGCAAUUGAUUUUGUUUAUUCUAUCACUUCCAUAAAAAUUUCUCGUGAAGAAUUUGUAAAAUCAGCUUCUCAAUCAGACAAGUUCGUUAGAAUGAUAUGUUUCUAUGACAACCCUUGCAAACAAUUAUUAUAUUAA